AUGGGGAACUGGAAUUUCCUUGGAGGCAUCCCGGAGGAAGUUCACAUCCACUCCACCAUCAUUGGAAAGAUCUGGCUCACUAUCCUGUUCAUAUUUCGAAUGCUUGUUCUGGGUGUAGCAGCUGAGGAUGUCUGGAAUGAUGAGCAGUCCAGCUUCAUCUGUAAUACAGAACAACCCGGCUGCAGAAAUGUGUGCUACGACCAGGCCUUUCCUAUCUCCCUCAUUAGAUACUGGGUUUUGCAGGUGAUAUUUGUGUCUUCACCAUCCCUGGUCUAUAUCGGCCAUGCUUUGUACCGACUGAGGGUUCUGGAGAAAGAGAGGCAGAGGAGGAAAGCUCAACUGAGAGGGGCCCUGGAGGGUGUGGAGUUUGAAAUACCUGGGGACCGGAGGAGACUGCAGCAAGAACUUUGUCAGCUGGAACAAAGGAAACUAAAUAAAGCUCCACUCAGAGGAACCCUGCUUUGCACUUACGUGGUACACAUUUUCACUCGCUCCGUGGUUGAGGUGGGGUUCAUGAUUGGACAGUAUCUUUUAUAUGGAUUUCAUUUAGAGCCUUUAGUUAAAUGCCAUGGCCACCCGUGUCCAAAUAUAAUUGAUUGUUUUGUGUCAAGACCAACAGAAAAGACAAUAUUCCUAUUAUUUAUGCAAUCUAUAGCCACUGUUUCUCUUUUCUUAAAUGUUCUAGAAAUUUUCCACCUAGGUUUUAAAAAGAUUAAAAGAGGGCUUUGGGGACAAUAUAAAUGGAAGGAUGAGCAUAAUGAAUUCUUUGCGAACAAGUCGAAACAAAAUCAUGCCAGAUAUCAGAGCACCUCUGCAAAUUCACUGAAGAGACUCUCUUCUGCACCUGAUUAUUAUCUGUUAAUGGAAAAGCAAAAACACACAGCAGUGUGCCCUAUUUUAAAUUCACCCGCAUUUCAGGCAGAUCCUGACAAUCACAAUGGAAAUGAUGAGAAAUGCAUUUUGGAUGAAUAAGAAACUGUACUUUCUGAUGAGAUGUGGACACGUAGCGCUACCUGUAGUCAUCUUCAACACAUCAGCUCAUAUAAUAAUGAAGACACUCAUAAAAUAUUUAGAAAAGAAGUGGGUAGCCCAUUAAGGGAAAAAAGAGAAAUUGAUGGCAAAGACAGCAAAAGGAACCACUGCUCUAGAUGUCACUGUUCUAUUCCAGGUGUUGCUAUAGAUCUGGACAACCACAUGGGGCAGUCAUCCCAAACAGCUUUCGCUCCGCCUGCUAACUGUGCCUGGGAACAGUUGUGGCUUAGAUCUACAUGCUGUCCCUCUAUGGAAGAUGAAAAUCAGGUGUCACCUCCUAAAGGAAACGUCAAGGGCCAGUUCAGAGAGGGCACAAUUAGCACCCUGCCUCCUUUACUGGGAAACUGCCAACCGCUUCACAUUCCAGACACUCCUGAUUCUUUGGGACAGUUGUCCUUUGAAUCUGAUUUGGCCAGAAUCUGCAAUAAUCCUGCUGCUUGUCCUCCAAAUCAUUUGGUCUUGCUGACAAAUAACCUCACUGGUAGGCGGACUCCCACAGACCUUCAGAUCUGA